AUGUCUGCCACACUUGCAUCCCAACUCGCUCAAGUCACCCAAAAGCUCGAGGCCGAAGCGCCAAAGGAGAUCAAAGAGACCCUCCUCAGCGCCAAAGCCGAGAUUGAGCAGUCGUUUGACCCGAAGCGCGCUAUACAGCCGGGCGCGAAGCUGCCACAGUUCAAUCUCCCCGACGCUACAGGCAAAGUGCAAUCCUCCUCGGAUCUGCUGGCCAAGGGGCCUCUCCUCAUCACCUUUUAUCGCGGCGAGUGGUGUCCGUUUUGCAACCUCGCCCUGCGCGCCUUGCAGCUUCGCCUGCCCGAAAUCGAGGCCAAGGGCGUCACCUUGGUCGCCGUCUCGCCCGAACUGCCCGACACUUCGCUCAGCACCGUCGACAAGAAUGAGCUCAAGUUUCCCGUCCUAUCCGACGUGGGCUUGAAGUUUGCCCGGGAGCUGGGCAUCGUCUGGAAGCAGCCCGAGGCGCUUCGUCCCGUUCUCGCCGGGUUUGGGACCGACUUGAAGGCGCGCAACGGCGAUGAUUCUUUCGAGGUUCCGAUUCCGACCACCAUCCUUGUCGACCGGCGUGGCACGGUGCGAAACGUGCAUGCCGAACCUGACUAUUUCAAGAGGCUCGAGCCUCAGGAUGCUUUGGAUUGGAUUGAUGCGCUCUAG